CUUUUUACUCUCUAUAUGUUUACAGUUUCUCGCAAGAAAAAGAGAGAGAUUUCUGAAAAAUCUGAUCUUAAUCCAACAAAAGAUCACACAAGACAAAUCCAUUAUACCAACAAAACAAGGAGACACAUGCUCGUUUAUUGACAUUCACUUCUUCAAGAGUAGUGAGUAUUCUCUGACACUUGAAAAGCUAUUCCACCUCUCCAAAUUCAACGGUGCGCUUUGUUUUGUUCCAUUAUUUUUUUUUGUGUUGUGAUCUUUUUAAAAGUCAUAUCGCAAUGUUUCUGUUGUGGUUACUGGUUUGAAGUUUAGAGAAUGGGGUUCAUUAUUCUAGGACUAGGAGCAGAUUGUGUUAUUGCUUUUAGCCUCUAGGGUUUUUAAGGAUUUGUUACUUUUUGCUAUACGGGAUUAUUAUUUUCGAUUUCUGGUUUUCGACGGGUCCCCUCGGGGUCCACUCGUGUUUGCUCCCAUCAAAUUUCUGUGCUGGAACACUUCCAUCCAUUUAUUGCAGCUUCGGACAUUGACCGCAUUUUUCAGAUAUUUUAUUAUGGCAAAAAGAAGACGUGUGCUUUCAACGGAAGAUGGCUCAGACGGCCCUGUGAUAGCUUCAAGACGUUUAUUUUUUAGUUUACCUCCUCCGUCUGUAACUGAUAUGGCUAUGCCAAUUAUCUUUGACCCUGAGUGUUCGCAUGCUCCAGCUACUGAGUCGAGAAGUUUGCGAGAUGAGACUUCACAAAAAAGAAAGAGGCGUGUUCUCGCUGUUGACACUGAUCGGAGUGUUCCACUCUCGCAAGUGACAGGCUCUUCUUCUAAAAGUGGUCAAGUUUUCUUUGGCCCAACAAAUGCGAUCCCUUGUUCCAUAUUGUCAAAUGGCUGCUUGCGCCGAUUGGGUUCCGAUGUGACGCAACGGCCUUUGUCUAAUAAUGUUAAUGUUUCACGGUCUAAAUGUUUAUCUAAAGCUUCUUGUGGACAAAGGCGCUCAAAACGUAUGUGUUUAUGUCUGUUGAUUACCUUAUUAAAUUAUUAACAGUCGCACCUUUGUUUAUAAUGAAUAUUAAUGGUACA